CCCGCUCCCUCUUCCCCAGUUCCCUGUAGCGCGGGUUCCGCUCCGCCCCCGGGGCCCCGCCCCGCCACCCCCGCCGCCCGGCGCUCCGCCCCGCCCCCGCCCGGCUCCCUGCCCCGCCCGGCUCCCUGCCCCGCCCGCCCGCCCGCCGUCUCCGGCUUGCCUUCCAGCGCCGCUUGCGCUCCGGAGCGCUGGCUCUGCCGGCGCUGAGAAAUGGACCAAUUUUGACAAGAUGUAAUGCUACAAGCCUGCCUGAUGGGAUAUAUUCAGUCAUGGCAUCUGAACUUUGUAAGACGAUCUCUGUGGCAAGGCUGGAAAAGCACAAGAAUUUGUUCUUAAAUUAUAGGAAUCUGCACCAUUUUCCAUUGGAGUUACUGAAAGAUGAGGGACUGCAGUACUUGGAGAGACUCUAUAUGAAAAGGAACUCCCUGACAACCUUGCCAGAAAACCUUGCUCAGAAGCUUCCAAACCUUGUGGAACUAUACCUGCACUCAAAUAACAUAGUUGUGGUACCAGAAGCCAUUGGGUCCCUUGUAAAACUCCAAUGUCUGGAUCUUAGUGACAAUGCCUUAGAAAUUGUUUGCCCAGAAAUUGGUCGUCUGCGAGCUUUACGUCAUCUUCGAUUGGCUAAUAACCAGCUGCAAUUCCUACCUCCAGAGGUUGGCGAUUUGAAGGAGCUGCAGACACUAGACAUUUCUACCAAUCGUUUGCUAACUUUACCCGAGAGGCUUCACAUGUGCCUUUCUCUGCAGUACCUCACUGUGGACCGAAAUCGUCUAUGGUAUGUGCCGCGCCAUCUCUGCCAGCUGCCCAGCCUCAAUGAGCUCUCCAUGGCUGGAAACCGUCUUGCAUUUUUGCCACUUGAUUUAGGUCGAUCUCGAGAACUACAAUAUGUAUACGUGGAUAACAACAUAAACCUGAAAGGCUUGCCAUCUUAUCUGUACAAUAAAGUCAUCGGGUGCAGUGGCUGUGGUGCUCCCAUUCAAGUUUCCGAGGUGAAGCUGCUUUCCUUUUCAUCAGGGCCUCGAACCGUUUUCCUCCCAGCCGAGGUGAAGGCCAUAGGGACAGAGCAUGAUCACGUCCUCCCUCUGCAGGAAUUGGCCAUGAGAAGUCUGUAUCAUACCUACCACAGCUUUCUGAAAGAUUUGAACUUUCUGUCUCCAAUCUCAUUACCCAGAAGUCUCCUGGAGCUGCUGCACUGCCCUCUGGGGCACUGUCAUCGGUGUAGUGAGCCUAUGUUUACCAUCGUCUACCCGAAGCUCUUUCCCUUGAGAGAGACACCAAUGGCAGGGCUGCACCAGGGGAGGACAACUGUUAGUUUUGUGGCUUACUGCUGCUCCACCCAGUGUCUGCAGACUUUUGACCUGCUGAGUUGAUAAACACUCAGGAGCCUCAGGAGCAUUGCCAGCAUGACGCUGGGGAAUGCGGCCAGUCCAGAACAGACUCUUCCAUCCUGUCCUGUCCAAGGCGGGGCACUGCGGAACUCUGGAAAUGUCAUGAUCGGGCUUCAGAGCUAAAAUGCCUCACCCUUCCCCCAAGUUGGAAUAUAUCCUCCCCCAAAUUAAGGACCCGUUUGUCUCUCUGUUUUUCCUUUUUGUGAGUGUGUCUUUUACACAAACUGUUUAUAGAUUGAUGGGCCUCCCCAAAUCUAAUUUAAAGCAAGUUUCAGGUCCCUGGAGAACAGUGAUUUGAUCAUCUAACCAGAUUCCCUUUUGAACACAGGUACCUUCAGUGAUGCUUCCUCUCUUCUCCCUUGCUUUCCCCAGAGAGUGAUUUCCCUGAGAGCAUAUUCUGCACAGUGUCUCCAGUGGAAAUUUGUCAGUUUUUGAGGAGUUUCAGCAAACCCCAUGGCCUCAGUGGUCUUGAGUAGAAGGGUGGGGUGCCUCAGUUGGCGGCAAAGUGAGACUCCCAUGGAGGCUCAACGAGGAUCCCAGAGCACACACCCUCUGGAAAGUUCCAGCCUUGUUUGUAAGUUUUGCUAUGUAGCAAGAGACUUUUGUGAGGGAUUUUAAAAACAAAACUCUAGAUUGUAAUGAAAUGCACUCUUAUUUUUUAAAAAUGUUUACAGAAAAAAAGUUUAGAAAUUUUUAAAUUUUCUGAUAAGAUUUGUUUAUAUGAGAAGAAUUGGAGGAAUAUUUGAAGCUUUACAAGAUCUGAUCCUUUUCCUUUCUCGAUAUAAAGUUUCCAUACAAUGAGAAAGGGAGAGAAAACACACAUUGAAAUAAGACCUCAGUGUUCUUUUUUGAUGGGUUUAUGGUUAAAUUUAUACUGACUUUAAAAUAUUUUUUGUCACAUGUGAAAGGCUUCAGCUGCUUCCAUUACUAGUGUUUAACAAGGUGAUUCUAAAUACAGCCUGUGCACAUUUACUUAUUCACCUGAUGCAUGAGAUUAUCUUCAUUUUGACCCUAGUUUCUUAUAUACUUAACAUAUACUGCCCAGAUGCAACUGAGAACAUACAGGAAAAGCAGAUCCAAAUUCAGCCUUGGACUUCUGCAAAAGUCCAUAAACAGAAAGUCUGCGAGCCUCCACUCUGCCAGAAAGAACUGCUCUUCAUGAAUAAGUCACGUAUUUGCUCUUCCUUUCAAAGGAUGGCAUUUUAAUGUUGCUUUGCUGCCAGAUGUUCAUCUGGUUGCUGUGAAGUGAUUCUUUUUUUAAAAAUGUUUUUUAAUGAUGUAAGUUUUCUAAAAGGCAGGGCUGAAAGGAGAACCAAGAUUUGCUUGGUAGAAAAAUUAUUUUUUUUAAAUUUCAGAUUUAUGAAAAAUUUGGUUGAUGGAAUUUUUAUUAGCUGCCCUGACUUUAUAAUGCUAUGUUCUAACAGUGCCAAAAAUCCUACAUAGUUACUGACAAAUGUGUGAUCUUUUUACAGUCACACCACCUGCUGCCCGGAAAGCACACCAUCCACGUAGAAUGGAGAAGGCAGAAAGUUACCAUGUGUUCCCACUGUAUCUGCACUGUUCUUACUUCCUCUUGUUCCUUUUCAUAACUUGCUCUAUUCAGCCUUAACAUUUCAAAGGCUUAUAGUAAAAUAGGAACUGAAGAUCUCUAUCAAAAUGUAACACUUCUUUCAUCCUUUGGAAUAAUUGAAGUUUUAAGGUAACCUCUACAUGUAUAUAAGUAAGCAGGUGAAAAAUGUGGCAUGAAAUUUCACAAUUGUGCCUCAGGCCUAAGUGACUGCUACCUGUCAUUUAAGUGACAGUAAAUAUCUUGCUACAUUUUUCUAUUUCA